ACGACUGCAGCAGCAGCUUCCUGGGCUGCCUGCCUCGGCGCUGCCCAGUCGCUCCCUCUCUUGCUUGCCUUCCGGAUGGGUUCGAGUUUGACUCCGGAUCAUCAUCUGGGAAAGGACUCGCCUGCUGCCGGUCUUUUCUUGCCCCGGGACACCCCGUGGGGUGACUGGCAUUGCCUGCUUUGAGCUUCUGAAAAGAGCACCCCUCCUGGACCUCUCUCUCGCUCACACACACCUCUCUUUUUCUCCUCCGGGCGGCCCCAGCUCGUUCCAUCCUCGCUCCAGGCGGAAAAUAAAUGAUCUCACCCUUGACGGUGGAAUGGAGACAGCUGGCACCCAUCAGAACCUGAAGGAUCCUCGGGAGCUCCAGCACAACCCGGACUCUCAUCCAGGAGCGUAAGGAGACAGCGGCCCUCGCGCCCGCCUCGGGGCUUCGGCGGUCCCUCUGCAAACAGCGCGGCUCUCGGCGGGGUCGCCUUCCCUCUUCGGUGCCUUUGGGGAGCGGGCGCGGGAUCGCAGGUCUUUCCCUAUGGCUGGGAUAUACAGCUCUACUCUGAAGACCCUGGAAGAUUUAACCUUGGACUCCGGGUAUGGGGCAGGGGACUCCUGCAGGUCCCUCAGCCUCUCCUCUUCCAAGUCCAACUCGCAAGCCUUCGCCUCCUCGCAGCACAGGGGCAACAACUGGUGGUACUACUCGGGCUCCAUGAACAGUCGCAACAAUAGUUGGGAUACUGUCAACACCGUCCUGCCGGAGGACCCCGAAGUCGCGGACAUCUUCUCCAAAUGUGCCAAGCUGCCCGAUCUGGAGGAAUUCCCUUGGACCGAGGAAGACAUUGGGAAGAUCCUCAAGAAAGGGAAAGGAGGAGGAGGAAACAAGAGAGACUUCACCCCAGAAGCGGUGCGGAGGCUGUCUGUGUUACUCCGGAGACCGUUGAUCCGGAUCUCCAGGGAGGCGCAGCGCCUGAGCGUGAUGCACUCCAAGUGCACGCGGUUCGAGAUCCAAAGCGCCAUCAAGCUGAUCCAGAGCUGGUCCUUAUCGGAGAGCUGCGUCCUGGCCACCGUCAAGGCGCUUUCGCUGUACAGCAUGAGCGCCGGCGACGGCCUGCGGAAAGGCAAAUCGGCCCGCUGUGGCCUCACCUUUUCCGUCGGGAGGUUUUUCAGGUGGAUGGUCGACACCCGGAUCUCCGUGCGCAUCCACGAGUACGCGGCCAUCUCUUUGACAUCCUGCCUAGAGAACCUGGUGGAGGAGAUCAAGGCCAGGGUUCUGGCUAGCCAGAGCCCCGACGGAGGCGGCGAGAUUUCGGCCGAGGGCCUCGAGGUGGUCAUCAACAACGAUGCUGAGCUUUGGGGAGUGCUGCAGCCCUACGAGCAUCUCAUCUGCGGGAAGAAUGCCAAUGGUGUGCUUUCUCUGCCUGCAUACUUCAGUCCUUACAAUGACGGAUCCAUAGGCAGCAACGGAAGGGCUGAUGCUUAUGCCCAGCUAGAACUCCGAACUUUAGAACAGUCUCUCCUGGCAACGUGUGUUGGAAGCAUCUCCGAACUGAGCGAUUUGGUGUCACGAGCAAUGCACCAUAUGCAGUGUUUGAAUACCCUCCGGCCUGGCAUGAGUCCUGUUCGACAAAGCAGGCAACAGCAGCAACCCAUCACUUGGUCCCCCGAUGCCCUGCACACCCUUUAUUAUUUUUUACGCUGCCCUCAGAUGGAGUCGAUGGAAAACCCCAACCUGGAUCCACCGAGAAUGGCCCUGAAUAAUGAGCGGCCCUUCAUGCUUCUGCCCCCACUGAUGGAGUGGAUGCGAGUAGCUAUAACCUAUGCAGAGCACCGGCGCAGUUUAACAGUGGACAGUGAUGAUAUAAGGCAGACAGCCAGGCUGCUCUUACCUGGAUUGGACUGUGAACCUCGGCAGCUGAAGCCUGAGUGCUGCUUUAGUUCCUUCCGGAGAAUGGAUGCUAAGGCUGCCACUGAAAAAUUCCAGCAGGACCUGGGGUUUCGAAUGCUGAACUGCGGGAGGACUGAUUUGAUCAACCAGGCUAUAGAAGCAUUGGGACCUGACGGGGUUAAUACAAUGGAUGAUCAGGGUAUGACUCCACUCAUGUAUGCCUGUUCUGCUGGAGAUGAAGCCAUGGUCCAAAUGCUGAUCGAUGCUGGAGCAAAUCUAGAUAUACCAGUCCCUGGUAGUUCAUCCCGAUACCCAUCUGUUCACCCUGAUAGCCGGCACUGGACUGCACUCACCUUUGCUGUGUUGCAUGGACAUAUCUCUGUAGUUCAGUUGCUCCUAGAUGCUGGAGCCCAUGUUGAAGGCUCUGCUGUUAACAGCGGAGAAGAUAACUAUGCGGAGACCCCACUUCAACUGGCUUCAGCAGCAGGCAACUAUGAGCUGGUCAGCUUGCUGCUGAGCAGGGGAGCAGAUCCCAUUCUGAGUAUGCUGGAAGCGAAUGGGAUGUCCUCAUCACUUCAUGAAGACAUGAAUUGCUUUAGCCACGCUGCUGCACAUGGACAUAGAAAUGUUCUGCGCAAGCUCCUGACCCAGCCGCAGCAGUCAAAGGGAGACGUUCUCUCACUGGAAGAGAUUUUGGCAGAAGGAGUGGAAAGUGACACCUCCAGCCAAGGAAGCUCCAACGAGGGCCAGAUUAAGUUGUGUAAAACCCGGAUGAAGGCUUUGCAAGAGGCCAUGUAUUACAGUGCCGAGCACGGUUACGUUGACAUCACAAUGGAGCUCCGAGCGCUUGGAAUCCCAUGGAAGCUCCACGUCUGGAUUGAGUCGCUCCGAACAACUUUUUAUCAGUCUCGCUACUCCGUAGUACAGAAUCUCUUGCGGGAAUUUGUCACCAUUAAGGAAGAAGACUACAAUGAAGAACUGGUUAAUGACGGACUGCAGCUUAUGUUUGAAAUCCUCAGAACCAGCAAAAAUGACUCGAUCAACCAGCAACUUGCAGCUAUCUUUGCUCAUUGCUAUGGAAGCAGCCCUAUCCCCAGCAUUCCUGAAAUCAGAAAGACACUCCCAGCCCGCCUAGAUCCUCACUUUUUAAAUAACAAAGAUAUGUCUGAUGUAACUUUUCUAGUGGAAGGAAAACUGUUUUAUGCACAUAAAGUUCUCCUGGUUACUGCUUCAAACAGAUUUAAAACAUUGAUGACCAACAAAACAGAACACGAUAGUCAAGGCAGUAAAACUGUGGAAAUUAGUGAUAUGAAAUACAACAUCUUCAAGAUGCUGAUGCAAUAUUUAUAUUAUGGAGGAACGGAGUCUAUGGAAAUUCCUAUCGUUGAUAUCUUAGAGUUGCUAUCAGCUGCAUGCCUAUUCCAAUUGGAUGGCCUCCAGCGACACUGUGAAAUAUUAUGCGCUCAGACCAUCAGCACUGAAAGCUGCGUUAACAUCUAUAAAUAUGCCAAGAUCCACAGUGCCCCAGAGCUGGCCUCUUUCUGCGAAGGCUUCUUCCUCAAGCACAUGAGCUCUCUGCUGGAGCAGGAGCCAUUCAGGCAGCUCAUCUAUGGCAGGAACAGUAAAGUCCAGGGUCUGGAUCCUCUGCAGGACCUGCAGUCCACUUUGGCCAGCAGACUUCAUUCCAUUUACAUCACGUCGAGGGUGUGAUUGCCGAGAGGAAACUACGGUCACCCUGCCGGGAAAAGCUGGGAACUAUGGACAAAGCCCCUGCUCACCUAACUGCACUAGAAUGGGACUU